GGAGCACACGCGGGGAUGGGGACACGGGGACCGGGAGCCCCCCGAGGUGACACCGCCACCUCAGCCGUGUCCCCAUGGUCUGGGGGUGCUGUCCGGGGUCACCCCGGGGGUUUUGCCCCCCAAGCUCGGCCCCCGCGGGGGUGGCCGGCGGUGCCAGCCGGGCUGUCCAGCCCCGGUAUCGGAUCCUCCCGGAGGGAGGGGGUUUGGAGCUUAUUUAACGUGCCCGGCGGGCCGGGCGGGCGCACUCGGAGCGCGGGGAGCUCAGCCUCAGCCAUGGGGUCGCAGCUGGAAGGGGCCAUGGAGAGCCUGAUCAACGUCUUCCACCACUACUCGGGCAARGAGGGCGACAAAUACAAGCUGAGCAAGAAGGAGCUCAAGGAGCUGCUGCAGAGCGAGCUGGGAUGUUUCCUGGAGACCCAGAARGACGCGGGGGCCGUGGAGAAGAUCAUGCAGGACCUGGAUGAGAACGGCGACGGGGAGGUGGAUUUCCAGGAGUUCGUGGUCCUGGUGGCCGCYCUGACCGUGGCUUGUAACACUUUCUUCUGGGAGAACGCCUGACCCCCGCCCCGGCCGCAGCGGGACGAGGAUCCCCCAAAAUUCAGAGCCCAUCCCAUCCCCAGCUCGCCCCCAGCUCGCCCCCUCAGCAUUUUCCCAGGGGAUCCCCCCGGGAUUCAGCUCCGCAAUAAAGGCACCGACCCAG